UCACAACUCGGCAACCCUACCCUUCAAAUCGACUUUUCAUGGAAGAAGUUCAAGGCUUUGGUCUCACAAAAGGACAAGUCUGGAGAGUCUGUUCCUCGAUAUGUCAUCGACUACAACACCUUGAGGUCGCCUCACCUUGUCUUCCACCCUGCCGAGGACAAGUCUGUUACUAUCGGUUCCGGUACCCUCCAUCCAGUCUCGAUCCACGCCGACUAUGAGCUUCGUGGCCAGAAGGGAACUCUCAAGGCUCUAAGACGCUUCGUCACCUCUUACACGCACUUGUCAUACAACUACGCCGAUGGCCCUGGAGAUACCCCAGCU